AUGACAAACCUUUUCCUUUCUGAGCUUCAUCAAAGUCGUCAAAGUCAUCUAUUUGGAACAGCACAUAAUUUGUGUACUGUGUAUUCGCAUCAGCCUCACGUGAACAUCGGCACCAUUGGCCACGUCGACCACGGCAAGACCACUCUGUCUGCUGCCAUCUCUCUGGUCUGCGGCCAAUUUAGCACCUCUGGCGACACGAAGCAGAAGUCCUAUGAGGAGAUUGACAACGCCCCAGAGGAGCGGUCGCGUGGUAUCACCAUCAACGCCUCCCACAUUGAGUACGAGACGGAGAACAGGCAUUACUGUCACGUGGACUGCCCAGGGCAUGCAGACUAUGUGAAGAACAUGAUCACAGGAGCAUGCCAAAUGGAUGGAGGAAUUCUGGUGAUUUCCUCCCCAGAUGGACCCAUGGCCCAGACGCGCGAGCACAUUCUCCUCUCGAAGCAGGUGGGCGUGCCCAAGCUGGUUUGCUUCAUGAACAAGGUGGACAUGAUGGAUGAUGAGGAGCUGUUAGAGCUGGUCGAGCUGGAAACCCGUGAGAUGUUGAGCCAGUAUGGCUUCCCUGGUGACGACACUCCGUUCGUGCAAGGAUCUGCCUUGCAGGCCCUGGAAGCCAUGAAGAGCAACCCAGGAACCAAGAAAGGUGAUGACAAGUGGGUCGACAAGAUCUUGGAGCUGAUGGAGACUGUGGAUGACUACAUCCCAACGCCAGAGCGUGACACUGACAAGCCUUUCCUCUUGGCUGUGGAGGACGUGUUCUCCAUCUCUGGUCGAGGAACUGUGUGCACUGGCCGAGUUGAGCAGGGUAUUGUGAAGAAGGGCGAUGAGGUGGAGAUUUUGGGCC